AUGUACCGAAAUCCAGGAGACAACAAAGUGCCGGGAGAGUAUACGCAGACAACAUCUGGUGGUUCAUAUCAAAAGGCAGGCCGCAUCCCCUCGGAUGGACACUCUCAGCCAGUCUUACAGACCCUCCGAGACAGAGAUACAUCAUCAAGCAAUCAAAUCCAAAACACUUCCGCUGAAGUUGAGAGGCGCCAGUACGAUCAACAGCAAGAUGCUGCUCAGACGAAAAGAGGCAUCUUAAAGUUGAUCAACAAGUCCAUUUUUGGUAGUGGGAGUCCCGAGCAACCAAACGAUCCACCGCCAAAAGGUCACCAUCGAGAAGCAUCCAGGGUCACAAUCAGGGAUCUGGAGCAGAAGUUGAAAACAGCCGAAGGGCAGCGUGACCAUUCUAACGCCCAGCUAGAACAGUGGAUGGCUGAGGUCGCGAAAUCUCGCAGCGUGGAAAGAAAGUGGAGCGAGAGCCUGGAUUUCAUCGCGAGCCAAAAUAAAGAGGUUCAAUCUAAAAACGCCGCUUUGGAAGAGGAGUUGUUAAAAGCUAUCAAGGAGCGAGAGCUCAUUUCUAAAGAGCUUGAAGAUGAGCGGAACUACACCCACACCCUUUUUCAAGAUUUAAAGGACCAAGAAGCCAUCAUCCGGGAAACCCAAUCCAUCGUCGUCAAUCAGCUUUCAAGCAACGUGUCAGCUGAUUUUACCGAUACCGCCAUUGCAAAGUCACUGACUGACUUUUUCGAUGACAUGCUGCAGCCGUGGUGCGACGAGGCAGAGGCAGAACAAGUCGGUGGCGUGGACUCUUAUAUGGAAAUGCUUGCUAGCUGUGGUCUACUGGCAACAGGCACCUUCUCAGUUCUUGACUUUCAAAAUGCGCCAGAUCCAGUCAUGGUAAUUGAGUCAAUCUUGGCCCAUGAUCUUUGCCAGAUGAUGCUCACGGAUGCGUAUUAUCUUUGCGAACUGAAGGAUGGGAACAAAGAGUGGCGGCACGCGUUGGCCACAUUCGAAAAACAAGCCAAUACUGUUGAAUCUGCAAUUCAGUGGAGGCUGUGCACAAUUGACAUCCUGGCGGCGGCAUGUCCUAUCCAUCCAAACCUUUUCAAGCGAUCAGCAGAAGCGUUUGUGAGCAAGUGUGCUGGCUUGUUGAAGCCUCUUGACUCAGACUUACAAAUUAAGCUGUUAGAGAUAUUCAUGACAUUUGCAGAGCUCACAAUGCGGCUUUGGAAGUUGCGUGUAGCCUCCAUACAGCCCCUCGGUCUCAGCGCGCUCAAGAAUACGCCCUUUGCGGCCUCCUCGCCACACAUGGCCGCCCACCCAACCACGGCCCUACCUGCGGGUGAUAAGAGGUUGGACGGCCAGCCGAUCGGCAUGGUAGCGCGCCCGCAGAUUGUGUCGGAAUAUGUGUCGGACGGCCCAACAAAAUCUAGGCGGAAGGUGACGUGGUCAAAGGCUAGUGUAUGGUUGGUUGAGAAUGUGAAAUGA